CAUGUUAUGUAUUUGUUUACGUCAAACAUUAAAUGUCUAUAAUUAGCUUCCAAUUUGUUUUGGUUAAUACAAUACCUUGAAAGAUACAAUUAUGUAAGGAAAUCAUCAAACGACCUCUUGUUAUGGGUCCUCACUGCCUAGAGUACUGUCUGAAACCCGAAAUACUCAGCAACUGAAAGCUGUCAUGACUGUAGUGAUUGGAUUUGAGGGCAGUGCCAACAAGAUUGGUGUGGGCAUUGUGAGGGAUGGGGAAGUACUCUCAAACCCCAGACGCACCUACAUUACACCCCCUGGUCAAGGGUUCCUGCCUAGUGAGACAGCCAGACAUCACCGCAGUGUCAUCCUAACAGUUCUGAAGGAGGCGCUGGAGGAGGCAGGGCUGAAGCCUGCUGACGUUGAUUGCGUGGCAUACACAAAGGGACCAGGGAUGGGUGCCCCCUUGGUGACGGUGGCUCUGGUGGCGCGCACAGUGGCCCAGCUGUGGGGGAAGCCUCUCCUGGGUGUCAACCACUGUAUUGGCCACAUUGAGAUGGGCCGCCUCAUCACGCAAGCCAAUAACCCCACUGUGCUAUAUGUCAGUGGGGGUAACACACAGGUGAUUGCAUACUCUGAGCGGCGCUACAGGAUAUUUGGUGAGACAAUCGACAUUGCAGUGGGCAACUGCCUGGACAGGUUUGCCAGGGUGAUAAAGAUUUCCAAUGAUCCCAGCCCUGGAUACAACAUUGAGCAGAUGGCCAAGAAGGGUACACAGUAUGUGGAGCUUCCAUACACAGUGAAGGGGAUGGACGUGUCAUUCUCUGGGAUUUUAUCCUAUAUCGAGGAAGCAGCUGGGAAGAUGUUGAAAUGUAAUCAGUGUACAGCAGAAGACCUGUGCUUCUCCCUACAGGAGACCCUGUUUUCCAUGCUGGUGGAGAUCACAGAGAGGGCCAUGGCUCACUGCAGCUCCCAGGAAGUGCUCAUCGUUGGAGGAGUUGGCUGUAAUCUGCGUCUGCAGGAGAUGAUGGGAGUCAUGUGCAAGGAGAGAGGUGCAAAGCUCUUCGCUACAGAUGAGAGCUUUUGUAUCGAUAACGGAGCAAUGAUUGCACAGGCUGGCUGGGAGAUGUUCCGGUCCGGUCAGACGACUGAGCUGUCAGACUCAUGGAUCACUCAAAGGUACAGAACAGAUGAAGUGGAGGUGACCUGGAGAGAUUGACAGCUCACUACCCAACAGGCUCUAACUUGCACCCACCUUCCCUUUACCUGGAUUGUAUGCGUUGUGUCAUGAUGGAGGGAAAGAAUGUAGAAAUAUUCUAUGCCUCACUUCUAUUGUUCUGAACCUCUCAACACAACAGUUUUUAGCCACACACAUUAGUAUUUUAGGUUUAGAUUAAAUCCGGACUGCAGAAAGCCUGCGCUAUAGCGCGAUUGAAAUGUAAAGGCAAUGUUCCCGCAUUUGAAGAAAACACUUUUAUCUUUUGAUAUUUUUUGGCUUUCUCUAGCGCUGGAUUCAAUCCGUAUCGCAGAAGAUCCGCAUUAAAAUAAGUAAUUUCUGAUUCAGCCAACAUAUGCACGUUUACCGUGAAUGAAGUCUCCGCCAACUAUGCCUUUAAAUGUCAAUAUAACGCAGAUCUUCCGCGAUACGGAUUUAAUCCAGCCACUAGUCCACAAUAUAGCCACGUUUAUACUUGGUGUUAACGUGUCCUGAUCUUGUCAACAUUCUGAUUGCGCCCAUAUUUUUUGAUAAAUGUAUACAUUUAAAAGUGAUUGUAAUCAGAUCUUCCUGACCACCUCUGGAGAUAGUCAGUGAUGCGUUGUAAUGUAGCUAGAUUUCUUUACAACUAAACAGAUCUGGAUUAUCAAACCAUUUAAAUCAUCCCUUCUAAAAUCAUUGACAGGUGGCAAUAUUGGCUUAGCGUUAAAUACAAUUUGCUUUACACUGAAAGCUGAAAUUUACCUUUUUCGAGGAUGGGGAUCAGCAAGAUUAGAACCUGUGAUCUUCUGGUCCCUAAUCAAUGCAUUGCACCAGCAGAGGUGAGGGCACUAUGCCUUUUCCCCACAUAUUUAAAUCUGUUCAGGCAGAAAGUUAGGCAAGUUUGGAACUCAAGACGCAACAGAUUUCCCCCCUCCUGAGCAUUUAUCCAAUCAAGUCGUCCAAGGAUCACAAUCAAUUAUUUUUGGGCUUUAUUCAGUCCGUAUUGCAGGUGUUCAGCGCCAUAGAAAUUGAAAGGCAAUGCUCUUGCGUUAGCAGCACUGCAUUCACAGUAAACACUGCAUGUCGGCUAAACUGGAAAUAGCCUUUACAUUUCAAUCGUGCUGAACUUCGGCGACAAGGAUAGUCAAGCCCUCAGUUUACUUAAAAGAAAAAAAAAGGUAAAUACAUUUUAAACUUGUCCUUAUUAACAAAGCGAAUACUGCUGUGGGUUUUAUGUAUCGUAUGUGAAAAUGAUAAACAAUGAAGUAUGAGCAUUACCAGUAA